UGUCUGAGUGUUUGUAUCACACGUCUCACACAUUGUGGUCUUGUUUUGGUUGACAUCUGAUCCCAAGUGAAGACAUUUCAUCGAAAUGUUGAUCGAAAACAACGAAACGUUCUUGAGCGAAAUGACAAAACUGUUUCACGCGAACCAAACAAAAGGCGGAUCACUGUAUAUAACGAUGAAGAGGUUGGAGCCAAAGGACCAGAAGCUCAAGAGGAAG